UGUGCUGGAAACAAACUAAUGAAAGCCAAAUAGUACUUAAAUGAUCUGGUGAGGAACUUUGGGUUUUGAAUAUUCUCCCCCUCAAAGGCUGAUAUGACAAGAACAAGAAUUAUAUUAUAAUGUUCUUUAAGUCAUACCUUCUAUAUAUCUCUAUUAGUUAAUUGCACUAUACCAAUAAAUAAUACAAUAUGACUUUCAAAAUUGCUUUUAAAAUUGGAUAGACUUUGAGAUUAAAAUGCGGUUUCUUCUUAUAACCUGGUCCGAUCCCUUACUACCUCAGACUUGUUCAUCUGAAAAACAAUGGGCAUCUUGGAAGUCCUUUUUCCCUUCUUCGUCUUUCCUGUCAUAUAUGCUGUUGCUACCUCAAAUGAUUGUCAAUUUUCCGUAUGUGGCAACAAUAGUGUCCUUAUUCGUUUCCCCUUUCAACUAGAUGGUGAUCGAAAUCCUUAUUGUGGCUAUCCUGGUUUCAACUUAACUUGUACGAAUAAUAGCAAAACAGUGCUAAAACUUCCAUACUCUGGUGCAUUCUAUGUGCGCAGCAUCAACUACCUCACACAAAAGAUACAAGUCUACGACCCUGAUGAUUGCCUCCCCAAACGUCUUUUGACCCUCAAUGUCUCAGGUUCUCCUUUCAUUCCCACUUUUACUCGUGACUACACCUUCUUAAGCUGCCCAUUUCAGAACGCAGGGUCACAAUUCAUUCCCAUAGACUGCCUCAGUAAUUCCACAAAUUUUGUAUCAGCUGUCCCUACUCUAAACUUGACCAAUCCAUUGCCUGAGUCUUGCAAUGUUAUUACAAGGGUUUCAGUCCCAGUUUCAGGGCCAGAGCAACAAUAUGAGGAGAAUCACAGAGAUGAGCUUAGUGAAGAUCUUCGAUUAACUUGGGAUAGACCUGACUGCAGAUAUUGUGAAUCGGGACAGCAAUUGUGUGGAUUUGAUCCAGAUAACAACGGUCAACUCUUCUGUUUUCCUGGUUACCAAACAGUUACUUCAAGACGUGGAGCCCAAGUUUUCAGAAUCAUCACAUUUUGCAUUGCUGGACCAGCAGCAGUCAUUGCAAUAGUGAUGGCAUGCUGUGUGUGCUACAAGGACAGACUAACCAACAGGUCUGCACUUGCAGCUACAAUAUCGCCGGUGCCACAAAUCGCAACCACGGGUCUCGACGAGUCCACGAUCGAGUCCUACGAGAAGAUGGUGGUCGGAGAGAGUCGACGAGUUCCUGGACCCAACAACAAUGGAUGCUGUUGGAUAUGCUUGUCGGAGUACAACAGCAAAGAGACAAUAAGAUUGAUUCCUGAAUGCAAACACUGCUUCCAUGCAGACUGCAUAGACGAGUGGCUUCGAAUAAACACCACAUGCCCAGUUUGCCGCAACUCUCCCUCCCCUUCUCCUCUUCAUGUUACGUCCAUUGACCCCUAAGUCAUCAAGGAUAAUUUCCUUUGCCGAAUCAUAUUCUAAGUAAACAUGCAUUAACAACUAUUGUAUAUAUAUACACAUGUAUAUACAUUCAAUGUGUGAGACUUCAAACGAAAAAUGUGUCGGUUAAUUAUGAUUACAAGGGAACUUGUUUCAGAUUUUAAGGACUAAUUAAGUUUAGUUAUUUAA